AUGCUUAAGCAAAUUUUAGCUAAACUCCCUCGGAAGUCAUCAAAGAACGAUACACUAGUUUCUGUUGGAAGCGAUUCUUGCAACUCUGCUACAGACUUGGACAGUGGUAUACCAUAUACCACUACUUGUAAUGUCAUAUCGAGCCGAUUAAAUGUAGUUAAGCGCAAGUCUUGGGCAAUCUUCCCUGCAAGCAUUACAGCUGGGGGGUACUUGGUUGAGCCACAUGUACCAUUUAAAGAUGUUCCAAAUGCAGAUAAGCAAAGCUUAUUUGUUAGUAAGCUAAAUCUCUGCUGUUUAGUAUACGAUUUCAGUGAUCCAAGUAAGAACUGCACAGAGAAAGACCUUAAACACCAGAUAUUAUUAGAACUAGUUGACUAUGUUGGUUCGGGAUCUGCAAAAUUCACCGAGUCAGUGAUAGCUGCAUUGUGCAAAAUGUGUGCUGUUAAUCUCUUCAGAGACUUUCCACCCAAGUACAGCUCUCAUGCUCCUCGAGGUGAAAGUGAAGAUGAAGAACCGUCCUUUGAUCCAGCCUGGUCCCAUUUGCAACUUGUGUACGACCUAUUUCUCCGUGUCCUGACCCAGAACAACCUGGAUGCAAAGCUAGCAAAGAAAUACAUUGACCACAGUUUUAUCUUAAGAAUUCUUGAACUUUUUGACUCCGAGGACCCCAGAGAAAGAGACUGUUUGAAAUCUGUUCUGCAUCGCCUAUACGGCAAGUUCAUGAUGCACAGACCCUUCAUCAGGAAGGCCGUCAGCAAUCUAUUUUACCGGUUUGUUUUUGAAACAGAAAGGCACAAUGGAAUUGCUGAGCUAUUGGAAGUCUUUGGAAGUGUAAUUAGCGGGUUCGCUUUACCUCUGAAGGAGGAGCACAAGAUGUUUUUGUCUAGGGCUCUAAUUCCUUUACAUAAACCUAAAUCACUGGGAAUUUAUCAUCAGCAGUUAAGUUACUGUAUUUUACAGUUUGUGGAGAAGGAACAGAAGUUGGCAUUGACUGUGAUAAAGGGCCUUCUCAAAUACUGGCCUGUAACAAGCAGUCAGAAAGAAUUGAUGUUUCUAAGUGAGUUAGAAGAACUUCUGGAGAUGAUUAACAAUGUGGACUUUGAGAAGAUCAUGGUGCCGCUGUUUCGACGUAUAGCAUGCUGCCUCAACAGCUCCCAUUUCCAGGUAGCUGAGAGAGCACACCUGUUGUGGAAUAACGACCAUGUACUUAAUCUUAUCGCGUAUAACAGACAUGUAAUAAUGCCAAUGAUACUUUCAGCGUUAGAAUGGAACAGCCGGAACCAUUGGAACAAAGCUGUUCUCAACCUUACUCAAAACUUGAGGAAAGUAUUCUCUGAGAUGGAUGAAGAGCUGUUCCGAGCUUGCCAAAGCAAGAUUGAGGAGGAAAAUUCUAGGACAAGCUUGCUAGCUGAGAAGAGAAGAUUGACUUGGGAACGCCUUGAAACUGCUGCAAGUUGCCAACGUCCAAUGUCCAACAGCAUUUCAGGUGCCAUAGAAUCUGCCCCAUGUGCCAUAACCUGCUAA